AUGCUACGGUGUUGCCACUGGAGAUUUCGGCCGUCGCUCGCCGCCGCCAGGAUGCUCUCAUCACCACCACCUCAUUCUCAGUCUCCCUUCUCCGGUGGCAGCGCGAAUUCGAGCUCAGUCGGUGUAAACGCCAAACCCGAGUUACUACUGUUCCCUCAAUCCCAACCUCAGAAGUCCACGGUGGCUUGUUCGAGCGCAGGAGCUAUUGCUACGAUUUCGCAGUGCUUUUCGAGCAUACCAGAAUCUACCGAGUCGGAUUUAGGCUCGCUCGUUGUUGUUUCGUUCUACAAAUUCGCUGAUUUUCCCGACCAUGCUGAUCUCAGAAAGCCCCUGAAGGAUCUGUGCGAAGAAUUGCGUGUUUCAGGUGGAAUCAUUCUUGCACCAGAAGGGAUCAAUGGAAGUAUCUGUGGGAGUCGUGAAACAGUGGAGAGAGUGUUGGCGUUUAUACAGAGUGAUGCUCGAUUGAAUGGUUUGAGGCAAGUGGAAACGCCUGUGAGUCCUGAACAAGAAGCAAUCCACCAUGGACAUAGCAGUAGCUCUCCUCUUGCAGCUGGUGAUGACGCUCCGUUUAGAUGGGACCAUGUUAGGGUCAAACUCAAGACAGAGAUUGUUACACUUGGAAUGCCUAGUGUUUCGCCGAUUGAAAGGGUCGGAACAUAUGUGAGCCCUGUGGAAUGGAACGAAUUGAUCAGUGAUCCUGAAACUGUAGUGAUUGAUGUGCGAAAUGACUACGAGACUAGGAUUGGGAAGUUUAAAGGAGCUGUAGAUCCAUGUACCACAGCUUUCAGAAACUUCCCAUCUUGGGUGGAGGAACAGUUUGCAUUGAAGGAAGAUGGCAAUGAAACACAACCAAAGGUGGAGAAAGAUGAGGAAGACAAAGCUGAAAAACCGAAGACGCUGCCACGGGUUGCUAUGUACUGCACCGGAGGAAUCAGAUGUGAGAAAGCUUCAAGCUUUCUUCUAAGCCAAGGUUUCGAAGAGGUGUAUCAUCUGAAAGGUGGGAUAUUAAAGUAUCUUGAGGAAGUCCCUAAGACAGAGAGUUUAUGGGAAGGAGAAUGCUUUGUGUUCGACAAGCGUGUAUCUGUUGAACAUGGUUUAGCUCAAGGAACACAUAAACUCUGCCACGGAUGCAAGCAGCCGAUUAGUGAUGAAGACAUGAAAGCUCCAGAGUAUGAGAUUGGAGUUUCUUGUCCUUACUGUUACUCCAAGAAGUCCGAAGCUGAGAAAGAAAGGGCUAGAGCGAGGCAGACACAGGUUGAGAAAUGGGGCGUCAUCGGUGGUCCGGACAAAGGUCGUCGACCGGCCACUAAACCGGAUAAGGCUAGGAAGAGGAAUGCGAAGCUUAGUUCCUCAACAUAG